UUAAAAAAUAGCUGGGUUUUCCCCUCCUGUAAGUAAUUGCAGUUUCGUCGAUUCGAAAGCGAAGUUUAUAUAUUUUUCACUGCAAGAAUUUAUACAAAAACGCCCAGUCUAUUCAUUUACAAGAUGAUCGAGCCCAUGGGAAAUGGCUUUUAUCGUACAGAGACGAACAAGGCAACGUGGGAAGUGCCUGAGCGCUAUCAGGAUUUGCAGUCCAUUGGAUCUGGAGCGUAUGGUUUAGUUUGGUAUGAAAUCUGAAAUUUCUAAUUACCGUAGUUCGUGUAUAAACAUUGUAUGUAUCAACCUUAAUAAUAUUUAGGAUAAAAUUUGACUUUAGAUAUAAUUGCUACAAGUAUAUUUAUACUUAAAUUCUCAAAUUGGCUCACAGUUUUAACAAUUAACAUAUCUCGUAUUUGGGUUAUAUUUGCGUGGUACACGGGUAAAUAUUGAUGACUUGAAAGGAAUUCUUACAAUGUCCUGUUUGUAUUUUCAAACAUUUUAUACUUUCUAUUAAAUGUUACAAUUAUCUGUGUUCGAAUUUUGGUUCAUAAAUAUUGUAAGAACUGUUUAAGGAAAUGACUCAGUGUUUAACAUCAAGUCAGUAUAUGCUCAGACAACAAUUUCUUACGAAUCCUUCAAAACUUAGAAUUUACUGAUGCAAAAUUCCUACUGUGAUCACAGAAACUUUGAUAGUGUAUUAAACCACGCUUAUAAAUGAUAACUGGCUGUGUCUAUUGGAGAUUUAUAAUACUGUGAAGUGGAGUCCAUGCUUUAGAAUUGGCUUAAUAUAUCACAUGCCAGUUAUAUCAGAGAAAAUAAUUAUUGAACUGGCAGUGCCGCAGUGCUAAUAAUAUAACAAGCUUUUCGUUGGUAGUGACGCAACUAUUUGGGCUUCUACUGGAAAAUUAAUUCUGCCACUUUAUGAGCAUUCCUUUUAUUAAUUGGUCACAAAAACUUUUUUGGCCUAGAGCCCUGAUUCUAAAUAUCCUCAGGAAAUGAUAGAACUGCACCCAUUAAGGUUCAUAUUUCGGUAUCUCAUUGUCAAUGUCUCGUAGCUCAGAAUCUGUUUGUCACACAUCCUUUAUUGACCAUUUGCAUAAUUACUGGUUGAGCAUACCAUAUUAUGCACACACAGUCUUAACUUCAUUCUUUGAUUCAGAAUUCUUUUCAGUCUUACAUAAUGUUUGAAGUUCCUAUCUGUAUUGAUAUGAAUGCUAUUGCUCCUGAGUAAUUCUGCUAAUGGUCCAUGGCAGAAUAUUAAAAUCAAUUACCUGUGAUCAGAAGUCAAGGACAAAAACCAUCGAUCAUAUCAUAAUCGAGUAAUCGUCAUCAACAAUCGAUUAAUUACAUUGAAUAAAUCUAGACAUGUCCACAGUGAUUAAUUACGCAUGUACUAUAUGACAGCAACAUCAGGACGGAGGCUAAAAAACUGUAAAAACAGUUGUAUAAACAAAUGUAUGGAAAUCUUGUUUUGUAUUAACUUUCGUAUAAGUUUCAAACAAGUAAAACAGAACUUUUAACCUUCAUAGCAAUUUUGAUCAACUCUGCUAGAAAAAGUACCUGUCACGGCUUGAACAUACUAUACGAGACGUGAAAAUAUGCAUUUUGCUGUUAUCGACAGAGCUUGGGCUUUGUCUAAAACCCCUGCUAGACUUUCAAUUACUCAUUUCUUUUGCACUAUAGGACUAUAGAAUUAUUGUAAUGUCAUUGUAUUGAUAGCUAUAGUACCUGACAUCACCAUCUCACAUGUGUAAACUCCCUAGUGUUGCUUCCAAGAAAGGGGGCAUGUGUUAAUGUUUUGAUUUGAAGGGCAAACAGAAUGCUGAUGGUAGUAGUGAAACAAAGUUGCGUUUGUCAGUUGAUAAUAUCGAUAACUCCUUGUAAUUUGUUCAAUCAGGAAAGAAAGUUACCCAAGUAUCAUGCCAUGCCUGGCUGUUUUGUUGCUUUGAAAUUAUUGUUUAGAACAAUCCAUUGCCAAAACACACAAAAAUAAUUAAUCAGGAGCAGCCCUAACAAAAAGUCAAAAACCUCCUUGCACCUCACAUUGGUCAUCAAGGGCAAUGUUCUAGGUUUUAAUUACUUCAAUUGUAGUUCAUCUGAUGAUAAAAUGCUCGGAGAAAAGGUGGCAAUAAAGAAGUUCUCCAGACCAUUUCAAUCAUUAAUUCAUGCCAAAAGAACAUACAGAGAACUCAAGUUGUUGAGACAUAUGGAUCACGAAAAUGUAAUUAUGACCUUAUACAGUAGCCCAAUGUUGUUUCUGGGUGGACUAGAUCUGGUCAAAACUGACUAGCCAGAACUGGUCAGAAGCUGAAAUGUUUGUGGUCCAAUUUUAACAAUUUAAUAAUCUAUUUGACCUGUCUGACCAUGUUAAUUUAGAAAGUUUACCUCUGUUAACACAUGUAAAAAUCUGAAAAAUGCAGAAGUUGUCACAGAUGUGCAAACAAGUUGUAACAAAGUUGCCAAGCCAAUAUCAGGAUGUGCUUGUAUAACUGCUUGUUUUAAGUUGUUGUGACAAGUCUGGAACAAAUUGUUAUCACCUUGUUACAAGAUCCAAGAUCUGGUAACAGACUUAAUGCAAGUUGUUCGAAUAAGACCAAUACAAGCUGUUUGUAACAAGUUGCUACAAGCUUGUCAUCAUCAACUUGUUAUCAAUGUACUUGUUGGAACAACUUGUUGUGAGACUAUUAGCCUUCAUCAACCUUAUUACAAGAUGAUAACAAUUUGUUCCAUACAUGUAAACACUGGUAACAAGCAGUGCGAACACAUCUUGUUGACAGGCGUGACAAGUUUAUGUGCAUAGAAGGCCAAUGGCAUUUGGCUAUCAGAAAUCAGAAUCUUCACCUUCACCAGUUCGAAACUGUUUUCUCAGCAGGAGCCAUCUCUUAAUGUUUCAACACAAGGGCUACUACUCUUCAAGUGAAAUCUGGAAGAGCUGGAGAAAACUUGUGUUCUAUAGUAGAAUCCAACCAGAAACAAAUAGGGGAAAUUAAUCAAAUUAUCAGAUGAUUGCUAUUAUAGAAAUUGAACUCUGAUGCUUUACACUUGCAUGAAUGCUGUAUAACAUCUUACUUAUCUUUAAUUUUUUAUAUAGAUUAUUGGCAUAUUGAAUAUAUUUACACCACAAUCAUCUAUGGAAGAUUUCCAAGAUGUGUAAGAAAUGCUCUAUUCCAUAUUUGAUAUAUGGGGGCACACCCCUCCCCUCUCUAACACACUCUCCAGACCAACCACCACUUACAUGUAGUGUGGUUACAAACAUUUCAGGGUUUUUUUUGAGGUUUUUAAGACAGCUGUGCCAGUGAAGCAAAAACACUGCAUUCUGCACCUCACAUUCCAGAUAAGCUUUGUUAGUUUCAUAUUAAGGUGCUACUGUACCCCACAUCAUUUCCCAAUGCAUGAAUCAGGCUGUCAGCCAGGGUUUCAAAACUGGAAUUCUAUUCAGUUUAAUUUACAUGUUUGAAGUUCCUGUCCGUACCGAUAUGAAUGCUAUGCUCCUGAGUAAUUCUGCUAAUGGUCCAUGGCAGAAUAUUAAAAUCAUUUACCUUUGCAGUGGCAUAACGGUACCUCCCUAGGCCCCCCGUAAAAUUUUUAAGUGGGGCCCUAUUUUUUCCCGGAAAAAAGGUUAUUCACAAAACAUUUUCGCAUCAUGUCUAUACUAAAAAAAAGGGAUCCAAAUUUCACAAUUUCAACAAUUCCCGCUUUUAGGGGUGGCCCAUUGCAAAUUUUCUGGCCCUCUAUAACCGAGGCUCGGACCAAUUUGCCCAAUGUACAGUACGAGCAAACAUUUUAUGGUCAUUUUUGUCCGGGGGGGGGCCCCAGGCUUGGUGGCCCUCCGCCACUGAGCACCCAAACAUCCCCCGGUUAUGCCACUGUACCUGUGGCUGUGAUAAAUCCUAAUUUAUGUUGCUAUUACCUCGGUUUAGAUACAUGGUAACACAGUUAAUGGGUGCAGAUCUGAACAGCAUUUUAAAAUGUCAACAGUUAUCAGACGAUCAUGUUAAGUUCUUGAUUUACCAAAUUUUACGUGGUUUGAAGGUGCGUAAGGAUUAAAGUUCUCUUUAUCUAUAGUAUGAUAAACCUUUUUGCUGUAGCACGUAUAUUUAAAAAAAAUUAUGCUGUUUAAAUUUUUUUGCUGUUUAAAUUUUGACAUCAUUCCUCUAAUUUAUUUGUAGUAUAUUCACUCAGCUGGUGUCAUACACAGGGUAAGUACAAAACCUUAAAUUUGACCAAAAGCCCAUAUUUCCAAGGAACACAUCAUAACACAAAACACCUAAUAGAUAUAUUAAGAACGUUCAACGAUGCACUGCUUUUCAUAAUUUGACAGAUUCUUUAAUUUAUAUUUUCACCAAUAGUUUUUCACAAUUUCAAAAAAAUACUUACCAACCGCAUGAAAAAAGCCUGGAACGAGUUUGUGAAGCUUUUUUUGGGUGGGGCCGGGGGUGUUUCUUUUUGGGGGACACAAUAAUUGAACGACUCUCUCGUCUCCUUAAUUUUAGGAUUUGAAACCAAGUAAUAUAGCAGUCAAUGAGGACUGUGAAUUGAGGGUAAGUAUACAGUUGUAUCACAGAGAAGUACAUUCAAGAGUUUCUCUUUCGUAUGCAAAAUUGUCAAGCGUUUAGCCUGCAAACAUGCGAAAUAAGUUGGGAAUAUGGGUUGUAAUUGAACUACUGUACUUCAUCGUGUAUAUGAACUCAGUGACACAAUUUUAUGUUGAAAUUAAUGAGUGGAUUUUAAAAUGGCCGACCAAGGAACGUGCUAUAUUUAUGCUUUUAGAUAUUGGAUUUUGGUCUUGCCCGGAUGGCAGACAAUGAAAUGACCGGCUAUGUUGCGACAAGGUGGUACAGGGCGCCUGAAAUCAUGUUGAAUUGGAUGCAUUACAAUCAAACGGGUAACAAUAUAUAUGUCACUCUGUGAUUGCCCAUGUUUCUCAUGGUUGAUUUUAUUGUAUUUCAGUCGAGUUUCUAUUCAAAACCAAAAUUCGAGCUCAUAAUUUAUUCUUAAUUUUCAGUUGACAUUUGGUCCGUUGGAUGCAUAAUGGCUGAAUUACUUACAUCCAAGACACUAUUUCCAGGCACAGAUCGUAUCCUUUAUAAUAUAUAUAGAUAGAUAGAUGAUAGAUUGUUUGUUUAAUAAGAUUAACACAUAGCAGCCAAGAGGCUGAAUUGCGUGCUAAAUUUUACAAGAGAAAUGAUUAAAUUAGUUAUUCUAUAUUUACAG